CGCGUCCCCUCCGCGCCCAGCCCGGCACGAACACCGCUGCCUCCGGCCAUGUCAUGCCUUAAAAUAGCUGCUCCUCCAUCCGCCUCCCUCCCGCGGCGGCGGCAGCCAGACAUGGCCGACCGGAGCUGAUCCCGCUCCUCCCGCUCCUGCCGCGGCUCCCGGCGCUCGCCAAGGACCGUGGGUGGCAGCAGCAGCAGAAGUGACCCCCAGGCCCCCGUCCGGCCUCCCCGCCCCCACAGGCAUGCCUUGUGGGGCUGGGCAGCGCCCAUGGCUUUCCUGUCCAGGCUCUACAGGAGCAGCAGCAGGUCCCCGAGCCGCGCCCCGCGGGACGAGCGCGGGAGCCACCCCAUCCUCAGCGUCUUCGAGCUGGAGCGGCUGCUCUACACCGGCAAAACCGCCUGCAACCACGCCGACGAGGUGUGGCCUGGCCUCUACCUGGGAGACCAAGACAUCGCGUCCAACCGGCGGGAGCUGCUGCAGCUGCGCAUCACCCACGUGCUGAACGCCUCGCACUGCCGCUGGCGCGGCGGCGCCGACUACUACGAGGGCACGGGCAUCCGCUACCUGGGCAUCGAGGCCCACGACUCGCCCUCCUUCGACAUGAGCCCCUACUUCUACCCCGCCGCUGACUUCAUCCACCAGGCCCUCAACGAAGGGAGGAUCCUUGUGCACUGUGCCGUCGGGGUCAGCAGGUCGGCCACCCUGGUCCUCGCCUACCUCAUGAUCCGCCACCACAUGCCCCUGGUCGAAGCCAUAAAGACGGUCAAGGACCACCGCGGGAUCAUCCCCAACCGCGGCUUCCUGCGCCAGCUGGUGGCCCUGGACAACGCCCUGCGGCUCAAGAGGAGCUCCUGAGGGGCUGCGGCUGUGUGAGCUCUGCCCGUGGCUCCCCCGCAGCCCCCCCAGCUCAGGGGGUCCCCCCUGGUCCGGCCCAGACCCUCCACCUGCACUCCUGGCCAUGGCCUCCACCCCAGCCCGCGCGCUCCCGGAGCCUCUGGAGGGACUCGGCCCCACCUCACCGGCUGCUCCAUCCCCGUGGCCUCCAGGGAGCCUCCAAGGCUUUGUUGUCCCCCCUGGCAUUUGUGUCCCUGGCUGCCAGGACAGCUCUGUGUGUCCCCUGCCGCGCGUGCCGUGUGUCCGUGGUGAUGUCAGGUGUGGUGUGCGGGCUCAGGCCAGCUCCUGUCGCCGUGUUCGGGUGUUCUCCGUGCCUCCUGCCACCCUGUGACAAUAAAGGCAGAGCUAAGGAA